GCUUGUCACCAGCAUACUCACUUCCUUGUGACCACUCAAUCUCAAUCCAGGGCACCAACUUGGGUGUUUCCGUGGCAGCGACAACGAACAGUUGUCAUUCUGAACCACAGCGGUGCAUACUUGCAUGUGACGCUGCCCAAUCAAUCCCACACAGGUACCUAGAGAGCCUUGGAACUGAAGCGGGAGGGCGUGGUUGUUUCAGCCUGCAGACGAGAAGCAAUAGGAAGAGUAGAAGCAAUGAUCAGUUGUUCCAUUAUCAUUCGGGCUACGGAUAUAACUGCGACUUCCCCACUCAGCUUUCCCGUCCAGCAGUCACUGAUACUACACGUCUUGUCUAGCCUCCUAGGAAGAGGUAUGCAUUCAUGUGGACUUGUUGCUGGUCAAGGCGGCAUGACCGUAGUCAUCGAUACUUGCCCCCAUUGCCACUAUCCUCGCUGUUCGCGCUGCAGGGUGGAGAGGGUUCAAGUCCGUCACCAACAUUACAUGCAAGAUCAAGAAUAGGUAGACACCUUGGGUUUGAUGACACUGAACUCUCAACAGUUCUUUAGUUGUCCGCGAGGAAGGUUCACGAGACCGCAGAUAUUGACCAAGAAAGAAAAAGAGAG